CUUCUCUCGGGCAGCGCCAGGCAGCUCAGCAGGGUCCAGCUUCUGCGAAGUGUCCGCUUUAUUACUGUAAACAUGACCCAUCUACCAUCCAGAGAUCUGAAUCAAACCCAUUGAUUUGAGCGUGCGAUCGGCCGGAUUACCUACACGGUGGAGUCCUCGUCGAUCUCCUCCUCCUCCUCCUCCUCCUCUACCUCCUCCACAAGCUCCUUCUGUCACCGAGAAGGUGAAGCCUUGAGAAAUAACACCAGCCGCCGCUAUGAGACGAAUAACGGGCAAGGCGAAGGAUGAAACUUUGAUCGAGCUGCAGAGCGCGACAGAUUCACAGACCGGAGAUGGUCCCGCGGUGUUGACCGCAUUCAGGAUCAACCUGCACUCAGAUGAAAACAAUGGAAAUGGCGUUCCAUUAUCGGAAAGAACAUCGCUCCCUGGACAUGCAGAAACGGACAAGCUACGACCAAACAGAGACACUGUGUUCUUCAGGGAUGGAGUUCGAAGAAUAGACUUUGUAUUGUCUUAUGUAGAUGACAAAGAUGGAGAAAAGAAGCAGGAAAGAAGGAGGGAAUUUGAGGCCAACCUUGAGAAAGCAGGACUGGAGCUGGAGACAGAAGACAAAUCAGACUCCAAAGACCAAAAGACGUAUUUCUUGAAGAUUCACGCUCCGUGGGAUGUGCUGGCCACCUAUGCCGACGUCUUAAAAAUCAAAGUUCCCUUCAAGGAGAGUGAUAUCCCCCACGGUCAGGAUGUCCCGCUCGAGUGGCUCUCACGUCCUUUCCGCCUGCCAGAGCACAUCAUGCACCCGGCGCCUGACUACUUCACCUACCCUUUUGACAAGACCAAGACCGACUUCUUCCUCAUCAGUGACAAGGAUACUUUCUUCCCACCUUCCACAAGAAACAGAAUUGUGUUCUACAUCCUGGCUCGCUGUCCGUACUACAAUGAGGGUCGGAUAGACAAAGAAAAGACGGGAAUCAAGCGGCUUCUCAGCAACGGGACGUAUACAUCAGCUUUUCCACUUCAUGAUUGUCGAUACUGGAAAAGGGCCAGAAAUGCAGAAUGCGAGAGUGAGCGCAACAACUUGUACAGGCACUGGGCCAGAUUCCUCUGUUUUUACAAAGAGCAACCUCUCAACCUCAUCAGGAAGUACUACGGGGAAAAGAUCGGGAUCUACUUCGCCUGGCUCGGCUUCUACACGGAGAUGCUGUUCUUCGCAGCCGUCAUGGGCGUCAUAUGUUUCACCUAUGGAGUGCUCAGCUAUGACGACAACAUUUCGAGCAAAGAGAUAUGUGACGCCAGUAUUGGAGGCAGUAUCUUGAUGUGUCCACUCUGUGAUAAGAAGUGCCCUUUCUGGAGGCUCAACUCGACCUGCCUGUCAUCCUGGCAAUCCCAUCUGUUUGAUAACGAGGGGACGGUAUUCUUUGCCAUAUUUAUGGGGAUUUGGGUAACUCUGUUUUUGGAGUUCUGGAAACGGCGUCAGGCCCGGCUGGAGUACGAGUGGGACUUGGUGGACUUUGAAGAGGAGCAGCAGCAGCUUCAAAUCCGGCCCGAGUUUGAGAUCCGAUGCACUAACAGGAGACUCAACAAGAUCACUAAGGAAAUGGAGCCGUACCUCCCUGUCACCAGCAAGUGCGCUCGCUUCUGCCUCUCAUCGGCCACCGUCUUAUUCUGGAUUUCCCUGAUCGUGGCUUGUAUCACCGGGGUCAUAGCGUACAGGCUGGCUGUGUAUGCUGCCUUCGCGAGCAUCAUCAAAGACCCCAAGAGGAAGAUCCAGGUGGUGAGCAGGUUCAUCACUCCACAGCUGGCGACCUCUGUCACCGCCUCCUGCAUCAACUUUGUCAUCAUCAUGAUCCUCAACUUCUUCUACGAGAGAGUGGCCGUGUGGAUCACCGAUAUGGAAAUCCCAAAGACCCACCUGGAGUAUGAAAACAGGCUGACCAUGAAGAUGUUCCUGUUCCAGUUUGUCAACUACUACUCCUCCUGCUUCUACGUGGCCUUCUUCAAAGGCAAAUUUGUGGGUCAUCCCGGUAACUACACGUACAUGUUCGGCAAACUGAGGAACGAGGAGUGCGACCCUGGAGGCUGCCUGAUCGAGCUGACCACGCAGCUGGUGAUUGUGAUGGCUGGAAAACAACUGUGGGGAAACAUUCAGGAAGCUCUGCUGCCGUUGAUGCGUAACUGGUGGAGUAGCAGAAAGGGACGACACAAUCCUGAGAACCAUUACAGCCGCUGGGAGCAGGACCACGUCCUGCAGAACUUUGGCCAGCUGGGAUUGUUCUACGAGUACUUGGAGAUGGUGGUCCAGUUUGGUUUCAUCACUUUGUUCGUGGCCUCUUUCCCCUUGGCUCCCCUCCUGGCUCUGUGCAACAACAUCCUGGAGAUCCGGGUGGACGCCUGGAAGUUCACCACACAGUUCAGGCGACCAGUGGCGUCCAAGGCCCGAAACAUCGGAGCGUGGCAGGAAAUCCUCAACGCGGUGGCCAUUUUGUCUGUUGUUACGAAUGCGUUCAUAAUGGCGUUCACCUCUGACAUGAUCCCCCGUAUGGUCUACCUGUAUGCCUACGGUCAUGGCAUGAGGGGCUACAUUAACAACAGCCUGUCAAUAUACAACAUCUCACGGAUACCCGAGAGCAACAUGCCUGAGGACAAAGACUACUUGUCUGAUAACUCGACUACCUGCAGAUACCGUGAUUACCGUUACCCUCCCGGCCACGAGAAUGAGUACGCUCACACCAUGCAGUUCUGGCACAUCCUGGCAGCCAAAAUGGCUUUCAUAAUAAUCAUGGAGCACGUGGUCUUCGUGGUGAAGUUCUUCGUGGCGUGGUUGAUCCCGGACAUCCCGUCAGACGUGAAGGCGCGGAUCAAACGGGAGCGCUACCUGAUACAAGGGGAACUGCAUGACUACGAAGUGGAGCGGCUCAAAAUGCAGCUGAGCGCCAGCUUCAUCACGGAGCCACAGUCAGAAAUGUCCUUGACGACGGACAAACACGAGGUGCUGUCCGAGUGCCUGUAGCUCCCUGCGUCACACCUCCGACUAACCAAGCCAGGGAUGGAUGCUGAGAACAUCCACGUACAAGGGCUUCUGUCUUCGGGAGAGAAAAUGAAGCUGUUAUCUGCUCCGGCUGCAUGGACUCCUAUAUUAGGGUCUGUGUUGAAAGCAUGAGAAAAACGAGUCACUGCUUAAAAUCAGCUUCAUGAGCGAAGGAAAAAAUCCUGUGCCAUAAAAAGAAAAUAUAUAUAUAUAUAUAUCAGAAGGUGCUGUGAUGGAAAAUAACAGCAGAAAGAUUGUACCUGCAGCAUUCCACGUGUGAUGCCUUCAAACUCUCCUUUCAUUAUGGCUGAAAAUGAGUCAUCCCUGUACGUGCUGACAGAGUUAAAGAUAGUGUUGUUGAACAUGUGACAUUAGGUGUAAGUACCCUUAAAAGAGUUGUUUAUUAUGAUAUCAUCCAUUGAGUUUUCUGCAUGUGAUUCUUCAGCUGUGAUGUCUGACUGCUAACUGUGGUUAGAAAACUCAUAUCAGUUCAGCUGCAGAUGUUGUUCGUCAUGUGGGCUUUUUUUCUGUCAUUUAACUAUGAAUGUAGAAAACACUCGCAGAUUUUGAAUAUCUAGAUAUGAAACACAUGUAUAUGUACUUACUCCUUUUAUUAAAAGCAUUUUCAAAAGGGUAUCUACAUAGCUGGGCUAUAAGAUUGGCAGUUUAGAAGAAGCUGUGCAAAAACUGUGCGUUUGAGAACCAAGUACCUCCAUCAUUCUGCGGUGGGAUCAGAGAGUGUCGGCGGUGUUAUUCCAUGCGGCUGCAGGCUCACGUCUCAUCCUCCAAAAUGUUUCUCCAACUUGCUGUGGGACCAAUUAUACAUUUUGUUUUUUAUCAGAAGGAAAAGACAGAUCCUCUGUUUCGAUAUAAUCAGUUCGUGUGUGCGAGUUCAGGCCAAUCAUGAAUCGCACACGGAUAAUAGACGGCCUGCGCGUCUGUUUCCGGAUUCCACAUCACUGCUGUCUCCGUAUACUCCAGGCGUAAACAAUCGCAAGCUUCAUUUCAGAGAAAGCAGGACUGCCUGUACCCUGGUUGGAGAUACGUGUGAGCAAGGGACUGAGUUAGAAGAAUAACUCUAGCUGGUGACUAAGUUUUGCUGUAGAUAGAGAAAUAUUGUUUCUUUUGUUUUCUAUUCUGAAGGGUUUUAGUGCAAUUAAUUUAUUGAUCUGCUUCUGCUCUCUCUUGUGAAGCAUGUGUGUCCAGAGCUACUUCAUAGUCAUCUUUUUUUUUAUUAUUAUCAGUUUACUCGCAUAACCUGACUUCUCUUUUUAUACCAAGCAACACUUAAUAAGUGACCAUCAAGCAGUUUAAGUUUGGUCAUUUCUAAAGUACAUAUUACGCUAUGAAUUACUACUUUCUAAGGGACCAGACAAGGAAAAAAAAACUUUGCUACUCGUUCUGCAGGAGACAAAGAUUGCAUUAUAUUCCUUCACAGUACAAAACUCAUCCAUCAGAUGUCUUUUUGUAAACUCUAAAGACUAAUAUGCAUUUACUCUUAUCAGUGUUUUUAUUGAAACCUCUUUGUUGUUAAUGUAAAUCUUGCAUUUGUGAUUCCAGUCAAAGACUAAGCCUGGCUUACUUCAAUCUCAGGAUUAAACAUCUCCCCGUGUUUGUCAAGCAGUCUGCAGACGUCAGAUGUGUGCAGCCGACCCCAACGGGUGCACGAUGUAUAUCCCAACUAACUAAUGCCUUAAACGUCUGUUUUUACAUUUUGUAUGAUUUUCUAACAACAAAAUUUCCAAACUGAAUUCCGAAUCUGUUUUGUAUCAUUUGUUGCUGCUGCUAGUCUCUGCAAAGUAGUUGCUCUUUCUGCUUUGACCCGCAUGAAUUCUAAUGUAAAAAAAAAAUGUCUGUCUGUUACAUUCUAAGUUCACCGUAGCCUACUGUACAGAAACGCUGUUAAUAUUCACAAAUAAAUGAAGGAAUAACA